AUGGCAGAGUUUGGCUCUACCCCAUCUUUUGCUUCAGAGGUUAUAGACAAAACCUAUGACAAUUCAAACUGGACUGACUUCAAAAAUUCCCUAAUUUCAAAUAUUCCAAUUUUUACUGAGAAUGUCGUCCUUAAUGUCAUUCUUCUUACUCUCUGCUUUUUGGGACUUUUAGGGAAUGGAAAAGUCAUCUGGAUCCUUGGUUUCCAUAUGAAGAGGAAUUCUUUCUCCAUCUACAUCUUGAAUUUGGCUGUGGCUGAUUCUGGAGUACUCAUAAUGCAGGCUUUGACUCAAAUAUCCCAGAUUUAUAGUCCAAAUAAUUUGAGAAUAUAUUUGAUUUUUAACCUUAUCUAUUUUGUGGCAUACAAUACUAGUCAACUUUUACUAAUAAGUAUCAGCGUGGACCGGUGUGUAUCUGUGCUCUUUCCAAUGUGGCAUCGAUGUCGUCGGCCACCAAAAUUGUCCCUCAUUGUAUGUGCUAUCUCUUGGGUUCUGCCCAUUGUGUUUUUUGGAUUGGAAUUUGUAGUUAUAUUUUCACAGACUUUUUUAUUGUUCCAGCUUAUUUUCAAUGGUCUGAUUUCUUACACAGUGAUGGUCAUAUCCACUCUGAUCCUACUUGUUAAACUUUUCUUUAAACAACGCCAGCAAAAGUGGAAAAAAGUGUUGACGGUAACCUUGCUUGCACUCCUGUGCUUCAUUGUUUUUCGUUUGCCACUGAGUAUAUUUUCCAUUAUUAGUUAUAGCAUACUAAAAAACAUAGAUUUAAAAUGGGUAUUGGAUGAACUGCUUAGCAGCUCGCUAAUAGAAAAUGAAUACAUUUUUGACUUUGUUUUAACUGUUGCAUAUAAUAUGCAACCCUGGCUUCAAAGUGUAUUUAUUCUUAUGUUGCUAUCUGAGAUCUGUAUCACAGUAAAUAGCAGCAUCAACCCAAUCCUUUAUUUCCUGGCUGGGAGAAAAAAAGAAGAUCGAUCCAGAGUGUCCAUGAAGCUUGCACUCCACAGGGUUUUCAGAAAUGAGGAAGACUCCAGGGAAGAUGAGAUGCAGACUGGUGAAACCCGGUUAUGA